UGGUGUGUGUGUGCGUGUGAGUGCGGGUGUCCCCAGUACCUAGCCAAGCUCAACCCCUCCACCUGGGCCCUAUAUCCCCAACAUGUGUACCCCUCUCCUAUGCCCCGGAGCCUGUACAGCCACGCCACGCUGCCCCGGAGAGGUCUAGAAAGCUGGUCAAUAACUUUGCAGACGGAUGAGCUCUGAGCAGCCAGAGGAGACUGGGGCUGUCAACGCUGCCCCCCUGUCCUGCCAGCUUGGAUCCCCUCACAGGCUCCUCCUAGGCUCCCGACCAGAACGCUGACCAUGGAACCCUGAAGUGGCUCUCACUUCCUUGAGCUCAGUGGCAGACCCCACCACCCCAGGCCCUUCCUGCCCCUCCCGCAACCAGCUUUCAGGCUCCCAGAGGGAGGGGUGGGGAGGGGAUCCUGAUCUCACAGGGCGAGGGGCAUCCAUCAUGAUGCUCAACUCAGACACCAUGGAGCUGGACCUGCCUCCCACCCACUCUGAGACCGAGUCAGGCUUCAGCGACUGUGGGGGCGGGGCGGGCCCUGAUGGGGCGGGGCCGGGGGGGCCGGGAGGGGGCCAGGCUCGCGUCCUGGAGCCAGGAGAGCCGGGCCGGAAAGACCUGCAGCACCUGAGCCGUGAGGAGCGGCGGCGCCGGCGGCGCGCCACAGCCAAGUACCGCACGGCCCACGCCACGCGGGAGCGAAUUCGCGUGGAAGCCUUCAACCUGGCCUUCGCCGAGCUGCGCAAGCUGCUGCCCACGCUGCCCCCCGACAAGAAGCUUUCCAAGAUUGAGAUCCUGCGCCUGGCCAUCUGCUACAUCUCCUACCUGAACCACGUGCUGGACGUCUGAACACUGCCUGCCUCCCGCCCUGGAUUCACUCCUCUCCCCGGGGCUUCGCUGGGGUCCCUCCUCACCGCUCACUGCUUAGAACGGCCUCUCCUCCCUGAGUCCCUGUACCUUGGCAUAGCAUGUACCCACUGGCCCUGGGCUCAGGCAGAGUGCCCACCGGUUGGUCGAUUGGUCGAAGGAGACUUCCUUUUACUCACCUAGGCAGCCGGAGGGCUCUUCUCGUGGGUACCUUCUACAGUUUGUGUUUGGGACCCAGCCGGUUAGAAAUGUUUUUGCUUGGGUGGUGGGUAUACAGUCUUGGAAUCUCCCCUUGGCUUGCUCAUGGGCUGCUGCCUCUUCUACUCCUACAUCCAAAUUUUCAGAGACACACCCCCUUCCCCAGACCCCGACUCUGUCUCCCAUCCUGUUUGCACCCUGUUGCAGCUUCUCCUGCCCAUGGUAGAGGGGCAGCAUGGGAACAGGAAAGGGGAAGGCUGGGGUUAGAGGGUGUGGGCUUUUUCUUAGACAUCUCAGUCUAGCCCUUGGGAGGCAGGGGCAUGGUGAGGUAACUCCUGUGAGGGGAAUCUCAGUAGCUGGGGAUUAUGGAAAAACUCUUCCUGUUUUCUAUCUUGUUCCUGAGGCUUAGCAUAUACAGACCUCGGAUCUUACUUGGUAGUGAGUGCCUUGCCCUCUCUGAGCUAUUUGGCCCCCUCCCUAUCUCCUCCCACCCCAACCAUCCCAAUUUUCUUCUUCUUUGUGUGCAGCUAGAGAAAGGGAACCUAGAUCUUGGGGUAGGGGGUGAUGUCCCCCAAAUCAGCCCAGAGCAUCUGCAAAAGGCCCAGGCAGUGAGUGGGCCAAAUCUCAUGUCUGCUUCCUCCAUCCCAGUCCACCACAAAGAUGUGCAAAACCCACACUGAUUCCUCCCUCGGAUGCAGGGGGGAUGCCCUGUUGUUGCCCUCUGGGAAAGCUCAGCUCUCCCGACCCUAGGACCUGUUUAUUAUAUUUUUUCUGCUUCCUUAAGCUGCCUUUAUUAGCAAGGGAAGAUAACCCCCUACCCCAUCCCACCUCGUGGCUCUCUGCGCUACCCCCACGUUGCUGAGCGCCCCCUGCUCAGUAGCCCAGGGUCCGUGGCAGAAUGAAGGGCCUGAGGACCUGCGUAGAAGAGAUGAGCUCACCGCACUUCCCAUGCUUCCACCUCCCUCGCACCAAACUCCUAGCUCUACAAGGAUAUUAUUUAUUUACGUAUUUAUUUAUUUAUUCAUCUAUUUAUUUACGUAUUUAUUUAUAAAUAUUACUAUUUAUUGCCGAGUCGUGCACUUUGGGGUCGAGUGAGGGAGCUCCUGGCUGUCCUAGCCAGGUCUCUCUUGCUUCCUCCCUAGUUAUUCCCUUCCCUUUCUUGCUCCUUCUGUAACUCCAGGUGUGUGUGGGGAUCCCUUUUGCUCACCACACCCAUAUCCCUUCCUGGGAUCCAUCUGUCCCGACACCCUAGUCCUCUGGGAUGGCGCCCCUCCCCCACUUCCAGGGCUCCUGGAUCCUUCUUCAGCUCCCUCCAUCCCCAGACAAUCCCACCCCAGUCCUGCCUGCUCCUUUCUCUCUCCAGCCCUCUCCCAUGACCCUCACUUCUUCCUAAGACCCCCAACAAUGGGCCCUAAAGGUCUGUGUCCUGUGUCCUGUGUGUGAUUUCCUCCUGUUGCAGUUCUGAUUUCAUACAAAAAGAAGAAUU